AUGUCGUCAACAUCUGCAGUGUUUAAGGACUUGUCCUUUAUCGAUCCGUCUGACAUGGACACAAGCAGUAGCGCUGCGUCAAGCCCAACGUUGCCCGCUCGGCCGCUCGCUGCCGAAGCCACAGAAGAACAUCACUUGUAUCAUUUCCACGACGGCUCACUGACUUUCGAACUCGAUCUGAUCAAGUACCGCAUACAUAGCUCUUUACUUGCUCGCCACUGUGGAUUUGCGUCUACCUGGGCGGAAGACCUGCGUGACCCUUCUGCGGCAGGCAUAUCUCGCCCCGACAUUGACGCAUUCCUCUCCAUGAUUUAUGUUGCGACGUACGAAUACGUGGAUUUGAGCCUCUCCACUAAGAGCUGGACCUCUAUCUUGCGUCUCGCGACAAGGUGGAAGUCAGAUGGACUGCGCAAGAUUUCUACCAGGAUCCUUGCGUCUAAGCUUUCCCCAUUUGACAAGCUUCUUCUGUGCCGGCAGUACGAUGUGCCAGGGUGGCUCGCACCGGCUUGCGCGGCCCUCGCACUUCGCUCUGCUCCCCUCACGAUGGCCGAAGCUGAGCAACUGGAGAAGGCCGACAUCGUGCGAGUUUUUCUUGCUCGUGAGGCUGUUACUAAAGGGGGCGUGGAAGCGACGGAGGAGGCAGUCGGCUCGUGGAUCGCCGGUUUCAUGUCAAAGCCAGACCUUGCUGCAGCUCAAAGGGCUUCUACACCAACUCCGACUGUUCUUCUGUCACAGCGGACUGCCUCAGAAAUCGCGGUCGACGCAGCGCCUUGGGAAGGCAAUCGUAGCACAUUUGGUGAAGGGUUAUCAAACUCUGAAUCGGAGAGCGGCAGAGAGGUCCCCAUUCCUCCUGGCGCUCCUCAUCAUCAUGAGCCUACUGUGAUCUCCGAGGGAAUCAGUGAUGUACCGAUGGCCAAACUCUCAGCCUCUGCAAGUCCGAGCCCGAAGGCUACACCCUCUCCAACCUCUGACCUUUCCACUCUUCGUCAGACGAAUCCUGUUGAGGACGCAUCCCCAGCGAUUGUCGUGGCUCCUGCGGUUCCAGUUCGUACUGCAGACGAACUUUUGAGGGAUGCCUAUCACGCCCUCCUUACGCAAAACCACGACGAAGCGUUAAACUCGUUUACGGUGGAUAAUGUUGCGAGUCUUGCCUACUUAAUUGCCCCAUCUAUAGCGGGCUCCACUCCACAACGCCCCGGAGUAUACGACGUCAAACGACUCCAACACCUUCUCCAAACUAUCAUGCGGCGGGUUGUCACCAGCCCAGGCUUUAUGCCACGGGCCACGCAGUUCAUUGCUUCGCUCUCUAAACAGCCACCUCUUCAAGGAUUGCGCCUCGAAAUUGUGCUUCACGAUGACAUGCAAUCCCUUUCGUCCAGAUGGGCCACAUUCCGCGCUGGCGGCCAGCCCGCUGUCGACCAUGGUGGCGUCAUGGAUGACUUGAUGACAUCUAGUCGGAAAACGUACCAAGCGCAGACCAGCCAUGCGCGGGGGUUCUUCAGAACACUCGUUCGUCUGGGUGUGCUGCCUGCCACGAACAAGUAUGUGGAGAUGUUGAUCCAGUCGUAUCCGAUGGUGCCGAACCCAUAG